AGACUCGACCCGCACCGCACCGCGCACCGCACGCUCUCCACGCACUCUGGAGGACAGCUCAGCUCGGUGGUGAUAACGACUGAGGAGAAUAAAAAGAACUGACUGUCUGUGAAGGCAGCUCUUCUCUUAUAUGAUCUGCAGACACUUUUUUUUCAACGGAGUUUCCAAAAAGAGGAUUAACUUCACCUGAUCACACUCACCUGGUUUAACACCUGGUUCUGGUUGUGAUCCACGAUGCCAGCCGACACUCUGGAGAAGCAGACCGCGUCUCCUCUCGCCGGUGCCCCAGCGAGCGGAGCGCACACACCGGACAAACCCAAAAACGCCAGCGAGCACAGAAAAUCAUCCAAACCGAUCAUGGAGAAACGCCGCAGAGCGAGAAUAAACGAGAGCCUCGGGCAGCUCAAGACUCUCAUCCUGGACGCACUGAAAAAAGAUAGCUCCAGACACUCCAAGCUGGAGAAAGCAGACAUCCUGGAGAUGACAGUUAAGCACUUGAGGAACCUGCAGCGCGUCCAGAUGAGCGCAGCUCUCUCAGCAGAUGCCACCGUCAUCAGCAAAUACAGAGCCGGAUUCAACGAGUGCAUGAACGAGGUGACGCGCUUCCUGUCCACCUCCGAGGGGGUGAACACGGAGGUGAGGUCUCGGCUCCUCAACCACCUGUCCAGCUGCAUGGGCCAGAUGUUGUCCAUGAACUACCCGCAGCAAUCCGCGUCCCAGCAGGCGCACCUGGCUCAACCUCUCCAUGUGCAGCUGCCGUCCACUCUGCCCAUCAACGCUGCUGCUGCUGCUGCUGCUAUGGGCGCCAAACUCAGUUCAGUGGAGGCCAUCUCCCAGAAGGUGUUUGGUGGCUUCCAGCUGGUUCCUGCAUCCGAUGGACAGUUCGCCUUUUUGAUCCCUAACCCGGCCUUCGCCUCAUCCACCACGGCUCCAGUCAUCCCCCUUUACGCAAACGCAGGAGUGCCUGUUGCGGUCAACGCCAGUCCAGUGCACAGCAGCUUCAACGCCAGUCCGGUGCACGGCAGCUCCGCGUCCACUGCAGGUUCUCCGGUCCACGGCAUGACGUCCUUCUCCGGGGGGUCCCAGGCGGUCAGCCCGGUGGGAGUGAGCACCGGAUCGGAGGGCAGCGAGCCUGUGUGGAGGCCUUGGUAGCGCCAGGGACUAGAGACUCAUAUCAAGCAUUAUACUUUCCCAGUUUAGACAUUUUAACUGACUGCACAGACAACUGGACGGUAACUCUAACCACUUAAAGCCACCCAGUAGUUCUCACUGUUUCGUUUUAUGGAACAAAUGUUGCCUUAUGGCACAUGUUUUUUUUUUUUUUUUUAUAAAUAUAUAUAAUUUAUUGUCUGAUUCCAACAUUUGGAUGUCGGUGAUAAAUAUGCUGUACAUGUUUGAAGAUUUAUAGUACAUUUUUUUGUUAUGAAGUACUUUUUAUGAAAAGGUUUUUUAGUUUUGUACAGAGUUGAUUGUUAUAUACCAAAGCUGUGUUUUAUAUUCUUUGUUGUUCUGUGUUGAAAAAGAAAAACUGAAGUUGGGUAAUGGCCCAUUUGUUUUAAUAAAUUACUUUUCAGAAAUUAA